CUUCUUGCAACAUAUGCCUAUGACAACUUUGAUGUAGACCUGAAAACUCAUGAGCACAAAAUUGAAAGUUCAACAGAAUCUCUCAAGCAUCUAACAUCAGGUCUGAUGUUCCCACUGCAGCACAACAUCUCCAAGGAAGACCUUAGGUGUUCCAAAGAGUUGUGGAAG